UAGACGUCGUUAUGGCAGCCCAUGCGACUGAGCUUGAAAUUGCCAAGAAACAUUUAACUGAAGCAAUUGGUGAUACUGUUAAACAUUACUGGGCGAACUUGAAACUGUGGUUCAAACACAAGAUAAGCAAGGAAGAGUUUGACAUCGAGGCUCGUCGCUUUUUGGCACAAGACAACGUUCAUGUCCACAAUGACUUUCUCCUGGCCAUUCUCACACGUUGUCAGAUAAUCGUCGCCACACCAGAGGGUGCUGGAUCUUUGCAGUGGGCAGGUAGCUCAGCCUCCAAGCCUGGCAAGCCUGCCAAAGGAAAAAAUAAGUUCUCCUUCAGACAGAAAUUUGAUCAUCGCUUCCAGCCCCAGAACCCUCUGAGUGCGGCCCAGGCCUUCAGCCCGCGGGAGGUUGGGAGUGAGGAAGAGGAGCUGAGACUUAGUGCCCACACCCUGUUGCUGCCCACCCGGGACCAGCUGGAGGCCCGCAUGAUGGUCACCGCUUUUGAGCUGGGCCUGGACAACGUCACGGAGGACGCCGUCAGCACCAUGGUCCACGCAGUGGAGAACCACCUGAAGGACAUGCUGACUGCUGUGGUGUCCAGGAGGAAGGCCUACAGACUGCGUGAUGGACACUUCCCCUACGCCUUCGGCAGUGAUGUCACCCCCAGCCCCACUUGAAGAACAGCCUGGCAGCCUACCACAUUGUCACAGAUUGUGCAUCUCGUCUGGCCGGCCCGCCCCCUCAGCUAUUACAAGACGAUGCUGAGUAGCAGGCUGCUCUCCUAUUGGCCUGUUCUGGCGACAGUCUCCUUGCGCCCCUCCCUCCGAUCAGCAUGUUUGAUCUCCUGGAAGCGUUACAGGUCCACCGAGGUGUGAUGCCCUCUCACACCAUGUAUGCCCUGAACAUGGAACGGAUUCUGUCCCGGCUGUGGCAUCCCAGUCACGAGGACCUGGAGCAGGACCAUGUGCACCGCCAAUGCCUCGCAGGGAAGGAUGGUCUGCUCGUCAGCUGAGACACACACACACACACACACACACACACACACAGACAGUCUCUGGUGGAUAGACAGGCAGAUUGUGGUGGGGGUAUGGCUGAGACAAAUGGAGAGUUUAACACAGUGUUGAGGCAUCCAUAUGGCCCCUAAACCCUGCCUUGAAUCAUGAUAUCGAAGACUGGAUUUCCACUCCACAAGGUCUACUCCGUAGAGGCUCUGCAACCGCUUCACCACGCACCACAACUUUACACUAGUGUCAAUAAUGUUUUCGAACGCUUGGUAGAGUGCAAACCCAGCCUAAGAUGCACACAGUAGAUCUGUGUUGAAGGCUCACAGAGCUGUGCUGUAAUGAAAAGGAAGGAAUGAAGGCCCAGUGUGGUGUGGUCACAGACAGCUUGUUAUGGCACGAACAUGUCUACACAGGUGCGCACACAGUGAUAUCUCUCCCAUAGCCUCUCUGACCCUCCUUUAAAUGCACCGUUAGUGAUGUUAAUACGUUUGAGGAGGUGUGCAUUUCUGACCUUCUGGUGGGUUUAUUUUGUCAGUUAAUUUGUUUGAUAGAAUAGUGUUACAUUUGUUGUAUUUCCCAAGCCUCUGUGUACAAAUGUUGCAGCCCUAUUAUUGCGAUAUUAACAUGCUCUUGUAGAGUUAUGCCUGAGUAGUACACUUGGGUCCUUGUUCACUGUACUUUGUCAGAGCAAUGCAUGCAUUAGUAUGCAUACAAAUAUGUAUAUAUGUCUGUGUGUGUGUAUAUAUAUAUAUAUAUAUAUAUGUGUGGUUUAGUUAUUAUUAUAAUUUUUUUUACACCA